UCUCCGCCCUCGUCAAGACGAACUGAAUGAUUGAGUUGUGCAGCGAAGCAUUUAAUCGUGAAUUUAUUCGCGAUGAGUUCCGAGUCAGCAAGGCGGCCAAAAUGCGCCAGGUGCAGAAAUCACGGCAUGAUCUCGUGGCUCAAGGGCCACAAGCGGCACUGCAAGUUCAAGGAAUGUGCCUGCGUCAAGUGCAACCUCAUUGCUGAGCGACAAAGGGUCAUGGCAGCUCAGGUUGCACUGAAAAGACAGCAAGCUGCAGAGGACGCGAUUGCUCUGGGACUGAGGGCAAUGGCCACAGGGCAGCAAUUCGGCUUUUUACCUCCAGGACCUGUUUUCGCAGGCGUGGCUGAUUCCGCCGAUGAUCAGAAAAUCGAAGUUGAGACAGUCGAAGCUCCUGCACAACCAUCAGAACCAGUGGAAGAAGAAAAAGAAAUCUGCCAAGAGCAACUGGCUUCUCCGAGUGAUUCCGCUCCUCAGCAGGACGAGCUGCGUCUGUCGUCGCUGGAAACCCUGUCGCGCGUUUUCCCUCAUAAGAAGCGCGCCGUGCUGGAGCUGGUGUUGCGUCGUUGCGGCCACGACCUUCUCAGGGCCAUCGAACAUUUCGUCCGGCGCACGGAGAACUCGGUUCCUGCUUCAGGACCUGUUUCUCCCACUCCGAGUCCUCGCAGCGCGUUCAGUCCACUCGCGGCCGAAUCUCCACCCGCGGCUCACCAGAAUCUGCCCUUUCUGGCACCGCCGCCGCCACCCUUGCUCUUCGGGGAAUCUCCGUUUCUGGGGCCUCUGCCGCCUCUGCUGCUGCCUCCGACCUACAGGGCAGCUCUGGCGUGCUACUUGCCAGGGUGCCUCGAGUGCGCCAGGACGCAGCAGCUGCACGCGAAAAUCCACCAAGAGCCAUAAUUCAGCACAAUUUAUGUUAAUAAAAAAAAAACAGCAUUUAAAAGAAACUUAUUUC